ACAUGCCCGUCCCAUAGCUCGACCGUCGCAUUGUUUCCAUUAAUGGUUUAUUUUCACUCAUUAUCACCAUGCGGGUCGUUCUUUCGUGACUCUUUUGGUCUUUGGGUGUUUUAAGGCAAUUAAUUACCGUAAAUAAUGUCAGCUGGCGCGCCGGGCGAGCGUAAAGGAGGAAGAAGAAAGGGGAGGGGAGCUGACAUUAAAGCAACACAACAAGGAAACUACACUGCCUUCAUUUUAUCUUCAAUAAUGGCCUCGACCACGACGCGGCUCCCCCUUUAAAAGACCGCAAACACUUCCAUUCACACUGGAGCUCAACGACCGAGCCCGCUCGGCAUCGAGUGCCGAGUUGGAGCGACUUGUUCCCGGCGUCCUCGGAGCCAUGAUGGAGCCGCCCAGUUCGCCACAGGCGGUGGAGGACGGAGGUGAGGAAGACGAGGACGAGCUGAGCGGAGGCGAAGAGGCCGACCUGCGCUCCACCUCGGGCCGCGGCUCCUUGCUCACCCGUAGAGGCAUCACGCUGCGAGUGCUCCUGAAGGACGGCCUGGUGGAGCCCGGUGACGGCGCCCUGGCCAUUCACUACUUGGGUAAGAACUUUAUAGGGGACCUGUUGAACGACGGGAAAAUCCGCUGGGUGGAGACGGGCCAGAUCUUCAACUCGCCCAGUGCAUGGGCCACCCACUGCAAGCGCCUGGUCAACCCGGCCAAGAAGUCCGGCUGCGGCUGGGCGUCCGUGCGCUACCGGGGACAGAAGCUGGUGCAGUACAAGACCACCUGGCUGCACAAGUACCAGCCCAGUGCAGACAUGAGCCUGGUGAGUGAGGAAGAUGAUGACGAGGAUGAAGAAGAAGGGAAAUCAGCUGUGCUGGCCGAUGAGAAGAACAAAAACAAUAAACCUGGAGGACUACAUGAUGUUCUCGCGCCACGUAGAACAGACCGAGAGAGAAUUCCUGUCAGAUAUGGUUCUUUGGGCAUCAGGGAUGCUGCCAGAGACCCUCACACGCUGGUGGAACUGUCGGCCUUUUCAGCCAUCAACAGAUUCCAGCCUUUCAACGUGGCCGUGUCCAGUAACGUGCUGCUGCUCAUGGACUUCCACUGUCACCUGACCACCAGUGAGGUGGUGGGAUACUUGGGAGGACGGUGGGACACAAACACACAACUGCUCACCAUCUUGCGGGCCUUUCCUUGUCGGACCAGACUGGCUGACAGAGACGCUGCCUCUGCUGUUGAGGAGGAGAUCUGCCAGAACCUGUUCAUGCGCGGCUUGUCUCUGGUGGGCUGGUACCACAGUCACCCGCGAGGCCCAGCCUUGCCCUCCCUGCAGGACAUCGACUCCCAGAUGGACCACCAGCUGAGGCUGCAGGGCUCCAACAACGGCUUCCAGCCCUGCCUGGGCGUCAUCUGCGGACCGUACUACCACGGCAAUCAAGGCGUGGCCUCCACCAUAACUCCAUUCUGGGUCGUGCCACCACCUGAGCAAAGACCCAACGACUACGGCAUACCAGUGGCUGUGGAGGUGACCUACGUGCAAGACAACUUCCUCACCAGUGAUGUCCUCAACGAGAUGAUGCUGCUGGUGGACUACUACAAAGCUGCUCCUGACCUGGUGCACUUCAGUCAGUACUGGUGUCCUGAUACCACCAUGAUGGACAAGAUCAAGGGCUCUCUGAGCUGCCACGCCCCUAAGGAUCAAGCCUACUCUCAGAUCUUGGAGCACGUCUACAGUCAGCUGAGUGGCGUACAGGUGCCUUGAUGACACUUACUGUGAGUGCUAGUAAGAAAAGCCCACACCCAGAUAGCUCCAUGUCAACUGUUGUAAACUUUUCUCCAUGUGCCAUACCUUUUUUUAAUUUAUUAUGGAGCACAGGUGAGAACAGAACAUUGAUUCACAUUUCUAACCAAUACACACUGGAUUUAUUUAAAUCAAUUGUCUUUCUGUUGUAUUUAAAAAAAAGAAAUAUAGAUUCAA